UGGAGCGUGUUCUUAUUUUAUCCUGGUGUAGAAAAAACGUCCUGCCUUGCUUUGCCUUUCCUUCCUCUCUUCCUUCCUUCCUUCCUUCCCCUUCCUCCUAUCCCCUUCCCCAUCUCCUCCUCCUCUGCCGUCCCCCGCGGGCCGGGCCGGGCCGGGCGGGGCCAGGCGGAGUCUCUCUCGCCCGGCGGGAGUCUUUCUCUCCCGGCGGGAUCUGCCGCUGCCACCGCUGCUCGCAGGAGCUGCAGCCGAAGCCGCCUUCGGAGUGGAAGCCGGAGCCUGGCAGCGCCGCAGGAUGGACCUCCCUCACGUCACAAGUCCCACCGACCUCCCCAAGCACAUCCUGGAUAUCUGGGUCAUCGUGUUGAUCAUCCUGGCCACCAUCCUCAUCAUGACAGCGCUGCUGCUGUGCCCAGCCACGGCCAUCAUCAUCUACCGAGUCCGGACACACCCCACACGCAACGGCAUCGUGUGAGCCACGGGCACAGGGGCAUGGCCAGCUUGCUGGGCUGGGGGCUACAGCUGUGGGACCCUGUGCCAGGCACCUUCAUGGGGCACCCUGAGAGCUGGAGCCUGGCCAGGAUCUGGGGUGGGCCAGCACCCAGACCUGCUCCUGUAUCUGGCUCUUGCUGGGUACCCACUGCUCAUCUUGCCCACUGAGCUCAUGGGGACUGUGGGGAAAAUGCCAGUGUGGGCAGCAGUGGGGAGAGGUGUGACUUUGAGGACACACCCAGCUGGAAAUAUCUCACUCCAUGAGAGAGGCAGGCUCAUCUCGCCUUCACUGGUGACACUGUCUCCUCCCAGGCAAGCAGCAAGGAGUGGAAAUGCCUGACAAAGUUAUUUCUUCUUUGGAGUUCCAGUUGUCAAGGUGGCUGGGAAAAAAAAGAGUCAAAGCAAGAUGGAUGUGGCUUCUGGUUGUGCAUUUAGUGCUUGGCUAAAAACAUCAGUGACAGAGCAGACGUGCAGCUGCCACCAGCUUCUCCUCUACCCGUUAUCUGCAGAAAUGGUAGGAAAAUCCUGCAGGACUCUUAGUUUCUCUGGGUCUUGUGGGGCAGAGGAGUGUGUGCAGUUCCUGCCAGACCUCCUGUCUGCACGCUGGCUGCACUCCCCACUCCUUAUAGUGAGAACUCCCACUGUUUGCCCAGCACACCAGCCCUGCUGGGGAGUCUAUGCAUGCCUCACCUGUGCAGGCAAAGUGGGAGGAGCAGGUUUGUGCCCAGCCAGUGGCAAGGGAUCAUGUAAGCUCUUGUAUUGCCCUUUGUUAUGAAAUAAAUGGACUUUAUCCUUCA